AUGACAGAUAUUAUUCAUAAAGUAGUAUCAUCAGAACAUAGUCGUAGAAUGUCAUCUUUCAAUGAUCAUGGUGAAUGUCCAAUAUGUGGAAAGAAACGUGUCACUUUAUUGAUAAGGUUGCUUAACAGGUAUUCGGCUAUUUGGUUAUGUGGACCAAGACGUACAGAAGACGAUGCUACUCAACGAUAUAAAAGGAAUGGCGAUACCAAAGUAGCGCUAAAAAAAUUGAAUAAUUCAAAAAAUAUCAGUAAAGAAUUUUUUACUGAGUUAAGCACUUAUUUCAGUUUUUCCGGAAAAACAACUAUGUCAAAUCAUGGCUGGCACGAUUAUCCGCGUAUUUUACAAAGCUAUGGCAUCACUAAAGACGAUACUAGCGAUGAUUAUAUGAUAGUCAUGGAAUUCGCCACUGAAGGCGAUAUAAGAAAAUAUAUACGCAAUAAUUUUCACGAUUUACCUUGGAGCAAACGAAUAGAAUACCUCGAAGAAAUCGCCCACGGGCUUUCUAAUAUUCACGAAGCUGAUAUUGUGCAUGGUGAUUUCCAUUCUGGGAAUAUCCUUGUCAGACGAAAAGAUAUUAUUUGUAUAGCCAUCGCCAUGAGCGAAUUUACAAGAGAAGUUCGGGCUGCUGAAGUCAAGCGACAAGAAAGGCUUGUUAGUCUUAGAGGUCAUCGGCGAACCUUUAGUAUUGAUCGGCCGCACAGUAAAUAUUUCCCCGUGUUGAAUCCAGAUUUUGUAUCUAGGGAACGAAUUCAAAAUAGUCCGGUGUCGAUACUUUCUCCAGAACCUAAUUAUUUUAAUACUCCUGAUACUGCCAAUUAUACUAAUUCUACUGGUUAUACUGAUUAUGAUUCUACUGAACAUAGUAUGCUCUUUUCUGACCCAAUACCAAGUACAAUCGAGCCUAAGCCAUAUAAUUGUCUAGCAGAUAUCAAUAUAGACUCUAGAGCUGAUUUGGAGACUAUAACGAUAAACGAUGAUCCAAGUAGUAUUAGUGUAUCAAGUAACAGCAAUACAGAAUCUACCGAAAGCAACAACUUGUCAACUGCUUCAGAAUCUACCGAAGGCAAUAGCUUGUCAACUGCUUCAGAAGGCAAUAAUUUGUCAACUGCUUCAGAAGCUACCGAAGGCAAUAGCUUGUCAACUGCUUCAG